AUGACAAUGAGCGCAAUUGAAUUUGAGGAGCCUGAUCAAGGUGUAGGUGACUUCGUUCUUUUACCUGAAAUUACAAUGGAUGCCUUUGUUGAAAAUCUUAAACUACGUUUUGAGAAAAGACGUAUCUACACAUAUAUCGGCGAAGUAGUUGUGAGUGUGAAUCCUUAUCGUGAAUUGUCAUUAUAUAGACCAGAAUAUAUAACAAGUUAUAAAGGCUGUGAAUUCUUCGAACGACCCCCACAUAUAUUCGCUCUGGCGGAAGCCGCAUAUCGAACAUUAAAGCAACAAUCGUCGAAUAGUUGUAUUGUCAUUUCUGGUGAAUCUGGUUCGGGUAAAACUGAAGCAUCGAAAAUAAUUCUUCGUUAUAUAGCAGCAGUAACAAACGUAGAAAAACAAGCCGAAAUUCAAAGAAUAAGUAAUAUUCUUAUUCAAACAAAUGUUAUCCUUGAAACAUUUGGAAAUAGUCGAACAAAUCGUAAUGAUAACAGUAGUAGAUUCGGUAAAUAUAUGGAUUUAAAUUUUGAUUGUAAAUUCGAUCCAAUCGGAGGAAAAAUUCAACAUUAUCUACUUGAAAAAUCUCGUGUUGUUAAACAACAAUUAGGCGAAAGAAAUUUCCAUUCAUUUUAUCAAUUAUUAUCCAAUAAAAAGUCACUUCAAGACUAUGGACUUUAUCUUAAACCGGAAAAUUAUUACUAUAUUAAUCAAGGACAAUGUUGUCAAGUCGAUAGAAUAGACGAUCGACAAUAUUAUCAACAAGUCAUAGAAGCAUUUAAUAUUGUUGGUUUUACGCAAGAUGAAAUAUCAAUCAUAUGGAAAAUAAUUGCUGCUAUCCUACACCUUGGAAAUUUAACAUUUGCUGAUGUUGAUGGUGAACAUUGCUCAAUCGUACGAGUCAAUGAUCAAACUGAUCCACUACAAUGGAUAUCGAAACUUUUAGAAUGCGAACCGUCCGACAUAUCAUCAGCAUUAACUUCACGUGUAGUUGCAGCACGAAAUGAAGUUUUUCAAACUCGACAAACUAUCCUACGAGCUUAUUAUGGGCGUGAUGCGUUAAGUAAGGCUUUAUAUGAACGUCUGUUCGAAUGGCUUAUCAAAUAUAUCAAUAAAACCCUAUCUCAAGACGAUAACAAGCGAAUAGAAAAUUCACGUAUUAUUGGUGUACUCGACAUAUAUGGUUUUGAAGUAUUUGAAAAUAAUAGUUUUGAGCAAUUAUGUAUAAAUUAUUGUAACGAGAAAUUGCAACAAUUAUUUAUUGAACUUGUGCUGAAACAGGAACAAGAUGAAUAUGAAAGUGAAAAUAUUACUUGGCAACAUAUUGAUUAUUUUAAUAAUAAAAUAAUUUGUGAUCUUAUUGAACAGCCACGCAUCGGGAUUUUCGCAUAUCUUGAUGAGGCGUGUCAAAUCGUAGGAACAGUUACUGAUGAUAUGUUUCUUAAAUCAAUAAAUACAGCAUUUAAAAAUCAUAAUCAUUAUUCCAGUUGGAACUUGACCCCCGGUGAUAAAAUAUGGAAAAAUAUUGAUACUAAUAAGCUUUUUCUUGUUCGUCAUUAUGCCGGUGACGUUGCUUAUUCAGUUGAUGGAUUUUUAGAUAAAAAUCGUGAUACUUUAUUUGAUGAUUUUAAACGUUUAUUAUUCAAUAGUAAAAAUGCAAUAUUAUCUUCUAUGUGGCCAGAUGGUGAAAAAAGUAUUACGGCUGUAACACGACGACCAUUAACAGCAGCAACUAUAUUUCGAAAUUCAAUGAUAAACCUAUCGAAUCUUCUUUCAUCAAAACAACCAUUCUAUAUUCGAUGUAUAAAACCAAAUGAUGAAAAAUCUCCAAAUGUUUUCGAUCUAACGCGUAUUCAACAUCAAAUCGGAUAUUUAGGUUUACUUGAAAAUGUUCGUGUACGUCGAGCAGGUUUCUGUCAUCGAGUACCAUACGAUCGAUUCGUUCAACGAUAUAAAAUAAUCGAUUGUGUUCGAGCAAAUUUAUAUCCAAAUGGACCAUUCAAUAAAGAAAGCGUUGCUUAUAUAUGCAUGGAACUCGAUAUUAGUAAUGAUGUUGUUUAUGGAAAUACAAAAUUAUUUAUUCGAAAACCAAUUUCAUUAUUUCAAUUAGAAAAAAAACGAACAGAAGGUUUACAACCGAUAAUUACAAUGCUGCAAGCACAUUUACGUUCAUCGAUACAAUAUAGGAAAUUUCGUCGUGAAAAUUCAGCAAUUAAAAUACAAAACUACUAUCGCAGAUAUCGUAUUCGAACCUAUAUAAAUCAAAUUAAUGAGUUAUUCAAUAAACAUCUUGGUAAAAAUAUAAUCUGGCCAAAACCAAGUUCACGUAGUUUAAAGACGAUUCAUAAUCUAUUCAAACAAAUAUAUCAACGAUGGCGUAUUUACAAAAUACAACAACAAUUACCAAUUGAGCAAAGAGCUACAUUUGAAUUGAAAUUACAAACUGGUAAAUAUCUUCAACAGCGAUCAUCAUUUUUCGAUAUCAAUAUUUAUCAAGAAUGGAAAGGAGAUUAUCUAAAUUUGUUAGAAGAAAAUCCACGUUUAAAUGAAUAUAAAAAAUCUAUCAAUGAAUUACGUACGAAAGAUAAGUUUGAUAAAAUUAUCUUUUCUACAUAUGCUAUUAAGUUAAAUAGUCAUAUUAAAAUGGAUGAACGUGCUAUUGUUCUUACAGAUAAAUGUAUCUAUAAACUUGAUCAAAAAAAACAUUUUCAUGUAAAAAAAACUCCUAUUCCAGUCGAUGAGAUUAUUGGUUUGAGUGUGACAUCGGGAAAAGAACAAUUAAUUGUUAUUCAUCUAAUGUCAAAACAUGAUUUAGUAUUUUAUAUGCUAACAAAAAUGGAUCGUGUUGGAGAAUUUGUUGGCUAUAUGGCUAAAAUUAAAGAAAAAUCUACCGAUUUUUCUGUUGAUGUACAACGUUAUGUUUCGACCAACAUUUCUAAACAUCAAUAUGUUAUUAAUAUUAUUUGGGAUCAUGUAAGCAAAGUUGAAUUUCGUAAAGGUUCAAAUAAUAAUAUUUCAUUGGUAUUACCCGAGGAACGAUGA